GCGCAUAGACUGCAUUCGGGCGCAGCUCCUCGCCUCUCUCUCUCUCUCGCGCGCGCGCUCUCCCUCCCCCCCCCCCUGUCGCCCUGACACGCACCUCCGAAGACGAAAAGCGCAGUUUACCGAUGAUGGAUUGUACAACUUGAUGAUCCCCCCCCCCUUCGGUCGGCUGGUCACGGGAAUAUUAGCGCUCGGCGCACCGACGGGACGAGCUGGUGUAACGCCACACUGCAGUGCAGCAGUGGCGAACGACCUUCCUUCAGUCACGCAGCGCGGCGGAGAGCGCCGGUGAUUUCCGUGGAUUUCGAGUUGGUUGCGCUGCUCCGUGGCAGCCGCCGGGGGAGAAGCUACCUAGCUAGCUCCGCUUCGACAGAAACGGCGAAUCGGCUAGCUGCAUCGGCUAAUAUCGGCCAGUCGGAUAGCUAGCGCGGCGAGUUAGUGGGCAUUUCUCACCUGCCGUGGCGGCAUUUUACACCGCGCUGCUUUAGCCGUCGGAUACCAUUCCCUGGAUACGUCGCUGGGAACAUUUAGAAUCGUGUCGCGUCCGCUGGGAAGGUCGAGACCUCGCCGGGAAUAAGUUUGGCCUGAAAGUUUGUGCACCUGGUUCGAGCCCUGAAGGGAAGCCGCUCUUCCACCGAGCAGGAGGCGAAGUGGCGACGCUGCGUCGCACGAAAACGACGCUGGACAAACACUUGUUGUCGACCUCGACGGCCGUCGGGGCUUCCUCGAACGCCGCUUAGCCACCCCACGGGUUAGCGUGCUAGCCACCUAACCGAACCUAGUCGCGUUUCAGUGCAGCCGUUGCCCAACUUUUUCUGGGAGCUAGCCCCGGGAGCUAAGCGGCCAGGACGUCGCACCGUCGCGCCGUUAGCUCGCCGGCAGCCGCUGCUCACUGUUAAAGUAGACCCGGGAAGUGAAUGCUCUCCCACCCAGGCCCAGGAUUAAGGAAAUAUUAGCCUUUCGGCGUUUAGCGCUUGUUGACAAACAUGGGACGUGCGGUUGCUGCUAGCUAGUUCCUAGCUAGCUGGCCAGCUCGGCUAGCCGCUGAUGUGGGAUUCAACUUGUUGAUUCGCGAGCGAUUUGAGUGCUGCUAGCUGGCUAGCACCGGACGUCUGCUGGAAAUCUCCCUCUGACACCGGCUCCCCCACGUUUUAAAUGCACAAGAGAGACUAAAGAAGAGUGUUUUUUUUCCUCCCCGUUGAACUGUUCCUACUCCUCAAAAAUGUCAACAAGGACUCCAUUGGUGCAAGUCAUUGAGAACUCGGCUGGGCAGGACUCCAAGCCAUCUAGUCGCUCCAGCAUGUCGCGAUGUCGGAACUCGGUUGCCACGACCACAUCAGACGACCAGCCGCACAUUGGUAACUACCGGUUGCUAAAAACCAUCGGCAAAGGCAACUUCGCCAAGGUCAAACUGGCACGACACGUCCUCACCGGAAAAGAGGUGGCUGUAAAGAUCAUUGAUAAGACACAGCUGAACUCCUCCAGUUUGCAGAAGCUCUUCCGGGAGGUGAGGAUCAUGAAAAUGUUGAAUCAUCCCAACAUAGUCAAGCUCUUCGAGGUGAUAGAAACAGACAAGACUCUGUACCUGGUAAUGGAGUAUGCUAGUGGAGGUGAGGUCUUUGAUUACCUGGUUGCUCAUGGUAGGAUGAAGGAGAAAGAAGCCCGUGCCAAAUUUCGACAGAUUGUGUCAGCAGUGCAGUAUUGCCAUCAGAAGUGUAUAGUACACAGAGACCUGAAGGCAGAGAAUCUGCUGCUGGACGCAGACAUGAACAUCAAGAUAGCUGACUUUGGCUUUAGUAAUGAGUUUACUCUGGGGAACAAGCUGGACACAUUCUGCGGCUCCCCUCCCUACGCCGCCCCAGAGCUCUUUCAGGGCAAGAAGUACGACGGGCCUGAGGUGGACGUCUGGAGCCUGGGGGUAAUCCUCUACACCCUGGUCAGCGGCUCGCUGCCUUUCGAUGGACAGAACCUCAAGGAACUGAGGGAGCGUGUGCUGCGCGGCAAAUACAGGAUUCCCUUCUACAUGUCCACCGACUGUGAGAACCUGCUGAAGAAGUUUCUCAUCUUGAACCCCUCCAAAAGAGGCAGCCUCGAGCAGCAAAUAAUGAGGGACCGGUGGAUGAAUGUAGGCUAUGAGGAGGAGGAACUCAAACCCUACAUUGAACCCCAGCCGGACUAUAAGGACCCCAGGAGAACAGACAUUAUGCUGCAGAUGGGAUUCUCUCAGGAGGAGAUCCAGGACUCGCUAGUGAACCAGAAGUACAAUGAUGUGAUGGCGACGUACCUGCUACUGGACUACAGGAACUCUGAGCUGGAUGAGGGCUGCAUCAAGCCGCGGCCAGUAGGUGAUGUCACAAACAUAAACGCCUCCUCCCCGGGUCACAAGGUACAGCGCAGUGUGUCAUCCAACCAGAAACCUCAGAACCGCAGAACCACCGACCAGGGUGAGAUUGGCUCGUCCCACUCUAAGAGGGGAGGUCAAACAGACAACAGGACUACAGCCGAGGAUUCUGGGAGGAAGGGCUCGUCAGGCAGCUCCACCACUAAGGUGCCAGCCAGCCCUCUGGUCCCCUCUGACCGCAAGAAGAGCGCCACCCCCUCCACCAAUAGCAUACUGUCCACUGGUACCAGCCGCAGUCGGAACUCUCCACUGACUGAGAGAGCCACGCUGGGCCAGGGCAUCCAGAACGGCAAGGACAGCCUAAACACUCCGGGCUCCCGGGCCUCUACUGCCUCGGCUGCUGCCGUCCUCUCCUCCUCCUCCUCGCGUCCCCGCCACCACAAGUCCCUGUCCUCCUCCAAUCAUCCAUGUCCCUCUGACCUGCACGCACCACGGCCCAGCGCCCCACCUCAGCGGGCGCCCGGUGCCUCCCCAUCUGCCCACAACAUCAGCAGUGCUGCCGUGUCCGACCGUACCAACUUCUCCAGAGGGGUGGGGAUCCGCAGCACGUUCCACGCAGGCCAGCAGCGGGUGGCCCGGGACCAGCAGGGCUCUGCCUACCCGGGCGGGCCCGCGUCCCCGUCGCUGUCGCACGGCAACAGCCAGGCCCGCAGGACACACGGCGCCACAGGGAUUUUUAGCAAGUUCACAUCCAAGUUUGUACGCAGAAAUCUCUCGUUCAGGUUUCCAAGAAGGAGUCCGGGAGAGGGUCGGGAUGAGGGCAGCAGGUCAAUGCUGAGCAGCACAGUGGACAAGUCGGACAAGACGUCCGGUGGCGUUCUCUCCUCCUCUUCCAACAACGACGAGAACAACUCCUCCCCAGGAUCUGGUAACACCGGCGGCACCGGCACUCCGCCUGCCAACUCCAGCCAGAAGCCGCGCUCGCUCCGCUUCACCUGGUCCAUGAAGACCACGUCCUCCAUGGAGCCCUCGGAGAUGAUGCGCGAGAUCCGCAAGGUGCUCGACUCCAACAGCUGCGAGUACGAGCUGCGCGAGCGCUACAUGCUGCUGUGCGUGUCGGGGGAUCCGGCGCGCGACGACUUCGUGCAGUGGGAGAUGGAGGUGUGCAAGCUGCCGCGGCUCUCCCUCAACGGCGUGCGCUUCAAGAGGAUCUCGGGCACGUCCAUCGCCUUCAAGAACAUUGCCUCAAAGAUCGCCAACGAGCUCAAACUGUGAGCCCGCGCCAGCAGCAGGGAGGACGGGUCUAUUGGGCGGAGGGCGGAGGGAGGGAGGGAUGAUACUGUAGGUGGGGGGGGGGUGUGGAGGUCACGAGGUAAGCUCCAGUUGGGGUGACUUUAAAAAUACCACGAUUGUUAUCUGGACUCAUGUCUGCGGUGGGGCUGUCAGUUCUGUGAGAAUAGAAAUGGUUCUGUUCCUUUGUUUCCCGAGGCCCUGCGAUUAAAACUCUGAGCUGA